UUGGUCAAAUCAUUAUUUCGUCUGAAGUUGGACAACUACUCAUUUAUAAAAAGCUAAUAUUAUUACAAAUUUCAGUGUCAUUUGUAUCAAUAUGUGUAUUUUUCUAUUUUCGUUUUUUAUCUUUCUAAAUGUUAUCAUGUUGUGUGACGUGUUGGAGAGAUAAGCGUAAUUUAGUUGCUUGUUUCAUUUCACUUUUCGGCAAAUCAUUCAUAUUUUGACCGUGCGGGAAUAAAAUGGAGUUGCUUAAUAAUUUUUCCGGACAAAUUGCUCUCCUGAGAGAAAAAAUUCCACUGGAGAAUUAUCUCUUUGGGGCAGCGGCUGCUGCAAUGGGUAUCUACUGGCUUAGGAAGUACUGUGAAGGUGGUCAGUUCCAGAAGGAUCAUGUGAAAAUGGAUGGAAAAGUGGUCAUAAUUACUGGAGCUAAUACAGGAAUUGGGAAGGAGACAGCCCUUGAUUUGGCCAGGAGGAAUGCCAAGAUUUAUCUGGCAUGUCGUGACUACGAUCGCUGUGAAUCAGCUCGUAAGGAAAUUGUCCAAGCAACAGGGAACACAGAAGUUUACAAUAGGCACCUUGAUCUCAAUACUCUGGAUUCAGUCCGAGAAUUUGUUGAAGAAUUUUCAAAGGAGGAGAAGCAUCUGGACGUUCUGAUCAACAACGCUGGAGUUAUGUUUAUCCCGCAUUCGAUAACAAAAGAAGGUUGUGAAAGAACCCUCCAGGUUAAUCACUUGAGUCACUUCCUCUUGUCUCAUCUUCUGCUUGAUCACCUUAAGAGAGCUCCUCAAGGAAGGAUCGUGAAUGUGUCUAGUUUGGCUUAUGCUUACGCAAAAAUUAAAAAGGACGAUCUUCAUCUUGAAAAAUCCUUCAGUAAGAUGCAGGCUUAUGCUAAUUCGAAACUUGCUCAAGUCCUUACAACUCAAAGAUUUGCCGAGGAAUUGGAAGGAACCGGUGUUACUGUUAACAGUCUCCACCCAGGAUCUAUUAAAACAGAAAUCGGAAGAAAUGUCGCAAAGCCUCUAAUAUGGAUAUUUUCAAUUUUUACAAUUUUUACUAAAUCCGUCAAAUCAGGAGCUCAAACGACGAUUCGUUUAGCUGUUGAUCCUGAUUUAUCAACGGUUUCUGGAAAAUACUUCAGUGACUGUGAAGAAGUUCCAGAUAAGAAAUUGGAAGGACAAGGAAGGGAUGAAGAUAUCAGAGAUUUUAUCUGGAACGAGAGCAUUCGUCUGGCCAAAAUUCCCAAUGAUUUCCGUUACCAGUGAUUUUGGAUUGCCUCUAAGUUAAAAUUCACAAGCAUAACCAGAUUGAGAUUUAAGUACAUACUGUUAAUAAUUCCAAGUAAAGAAGUUUCUCGGAUUGAGGAAAAGUGGUAUGUUGUACGAGAUAUUUAGUGUUGUCCAUACUUAAAUUUCGGUUUAUAACCAUAUUAAUAACCCUAAUAACCAAUUUAAUCUGAUUAUGAUCGUGAAUUUGACUAUCAUAAUCAGUAGACAAACAUAUUUUGAAACAAAGUGUUAUAAGAAAAAAUGCAUGAAGAAAAAUAAAUGAGACUUUUCUUUUCAACUCAAAUCGAUGCUAUAUCAUUAUAGUAAUUAAACUGUCUUUUUAUCAAUAUGGUACAUGUAUAUCUAAGUUAUUAAGUUUUUAUGCAAGAAAAUUGUGUAAUAAAUUCAAAAACACGCGAUAGCGAAUAAUAUUUUAAUUGUCUUAUGGUGUCAUUACUCUUGGUCAUUAAAAUUAUAAUGCGAGGCACAUAAAUUGUUACUAA